UCAGUUAGUUACAAUUCGUUUGUCGCGUAGAACAGUUAACGUUUCCAUUUCUUCAAGUGAUAAGAAUAACUCGCAGCGAAGCAUGGUUGCCAAAUAUUCAAUAUUGCUCAUAUCUUUGAUUGUGCUAGGCGAUCGGAUAUCAGCCUUAACGCCAUUAUUCAAUAUGACGGAAUACUACAAGCUUCCCAAGCUUUACAAAUACGAUGAUUUCGACCGUUGUCUUCAAGAAUUUGAUGCAAAAGCAGUUUAUUGCAUAAUCGACACUCAUAUCAAACCGAACACAUCGGCAGCGAUAUGGCCUUUGAUUGAAAAAUUUUCCAACGACACCAAGCGGAGCUUCCGUCACGAUCGCAUUCAACGAGGGCUGUGCAUGAACUUGUGCGAGAAAAUUAUGGAAAAGUACGACUACGAAACCCAGAUGAAGUAUUAUCUGAAGCAGUUCAACGAAACCAACGAAGUUACGUUUGAUCCCAACACGUUCCGGGAAGCCCUCGAUUGGCGCAUCAAGUACAAACGGUUGGCAAAUCAGUGUGUGAAUUUUGAACUGAAACGACAGUUCUCCAUCAUGGGUUAUUCGGCGGUGGAAUAUUGUGUUAGCAAUCUGGAGGAAGAUUCCCUUGAUUACCUAGACAUAGUGUUCCUAGUACUUCUGGGAUCCAUAAUACUCGCUGUAAUUCUAUCCUCGUUUUUUGACUACAAAAUGAAGAAGAAGCAUUCGUCUAAUAUGAAAAGCAGUGACUACUAUCGUACACCACUCAAAAAAGGCCUAUCGCAAAAGUUGGCCCUCUUCUCUCUGCCCCGGAACUGGCAAAUCCUAAUGACCAAAAGGCGAACCACCCUCUCGAAAGAUCUCCGCUUCAUUCAAAGUGCUCGCUUCCUCAUCAUGUAUCUGGUAAUAGCCGGCCAUUGCAUGCUGUUCAAUUGCAUUUUUCCACUGCUGAACCCGGAAUAUGUGGAAUUUAACUACCGCCGGAUGAUAACGAUGUUGAUAUUUAACGGGAUAACGGUGAUUCAGACUUAUUUCACUAUUAGCGGAUUCCUGCUGGCGGUGCAAUUUGCGGAUUAUAGCGAGCGGAAUAAGACGUUUACGGUGAAGGACUUUUUUGCUAGUAUUUUGUAUCGAUAUGCGAGGUUAGUGCCCAUCUACCUCUUCAUGAUCCUGCUGGAUGCAACAUGGUUGAUCAAACUCCAAGACGGUCCCGUGUGGAAACGAGUAGCCGAAACAGAACGAACCUUCUGUCGGAACAACUGGUGGGCUAAUUUACUAUUCGUAAAUAACUAUUUCACCGUUGACGAACCGUGUCUUCAGCAGGGAUGGUAUCUCGCCACCGACUUCCAGCUGUUCAUCCUUGGCCUAUUGUUGCUAGCAUUCGUUAGACGCUUCCCCAAAUUGCUUCGUCCAACCAUCGGUCUGGCCGUUAUCCUUUCCUACGUAUCUCCCGCACUCGUAACCUAUUUCCACCAGUUGGAGGGGGUGGUUAUGAUACGACCAGAGGCGCUGAAAUACGUUCUUUGGUACGAACGGAGCUACCGCCAAAUGUACAUUCCAACACACACAAAUUAUGGCAGCUAUUUGGCGGGCUUGAUUGCCGGUUUAACAUAUCAUAAACUGAAGCGUAGCGAGUUCAACAUCCGGCAACAUAAGCCGUUCCUGUUUCUGUGGUAUUGCGUCCUCCCACUGGCCGUUAUGCUCCUGCUGUCUGCGUAUGUGUUUUACGAGUACGACUUUGAGAAACCAGCCGUUUGGAUAGCGCUCUACUCGGCCCUGUCCAAGAAUCUGUGGGGCCUUAUUUUCGGAGUUUUGUUUGUGGGGCUUGCCUUCGGUGUUGGCUGGUUUCUAAAGCGCCUAUUGAGCAAUCCGGUAUUCAGGCCACUGGGAAAGAUUACUUAUGCUGUCUAUCUGUGCCAUCUGUUUGUGAUAAGAGCAACGCUUGGAAAUAUUCGACAACCGAUUUAUGUUAGCGAUGUGAGAAUUCUGGUUUCCACUUCUUCAACGCUAUUGUUGUCUUAUAUAAUGGGUUUAUUCCUCUGUCUGGCUAUUGAGAUCCCAUUUUCCAACUUACAAAAACAACUUUUUCACAAGAAGCCAGAAGUAUACUAUGAGGAAAACAUUGAUUUGUCCAAGAAUGGAGUGCAGAAUAUGGCAGAAAGCAAUGGUACUCGAUAACAACAUACGGGUUAUGAAAAUCUAUUCGACGAUUUUCAAAAUAUCAUCCUUUCUAGAUUUUUCAUUCGUUAUCAAGAAUAAUGAUAAUUUUCAAUAAUUAAAACAACCAGUGCAAAGUAAAACAUAGAA